CGCGCCCCCCCCGCGUCCCGGCGUGCCGCGCGGCUCGGCACUGGGGUAAAGGUCGCGGGGCGGAGGGGCGGCGCUCGCUCGGUGGGGACGCUGCGCCCCGGUUCCGUUCCGCGCCCCCUCGUCGACCGUCACCAUGGCGGAACAGCCGCAGCCCGUCAGCCCCGUGAAGAACUUCUUCGCCGGCGGCUUCGGGGGCGUGUGCCUGGUGUUCGUGGGUCACCCGCUGGACACCAUCAAGGUCAGACUGCAGACCCAGCCCCGGCCGCAGCCCGGCCAGCCGCCGCUCUAUUCUGGGACCUUUGACUGCUUCAGGAAGACUCUGAGUGGAGAGGGAGUCCGAGGCUUGUACAGAGGAAUGGCAGCCCCUAUUGUCGGGGUGACACCCAUGUUUGCUGUGUGCUUCUUUGGAUUUGGCUUGGGAAAAAGACUCCAACAGAAAAAACCUGAUGACGUUUUGACAUAUCCUCAGCUGUUUGCAGCUGGCAUGUUGUCAGGAGUGUUCACAACAGCAAUCAUGGCUCCAGGAGAGAGAAUCAAGUGCCUUUUACAGAUCCAGGCAGCUACAGGUGAAACUAAAUACAGUGGCUCUUUGGACUGUGCAAAACAGCUGUACCGCGAGGCUGGGAUUCGCGGCGUGUACAAGGGGACAGUACUCACCCUCAUGAGAGAUGUCCCAGCCAGUGGAAUGUACUUCAUGACAUACGAAUGGCUGAAGAACAUUCUGACCCCUGAGGGAAAGAGUGUGAGUGACCUCAGUGCACCGAGGAUUCUCUUUGCUGGGGGCUUGGCUGGAAUCUUCAACUGGGCAGUUGCCAUUCCACCAGAUGUGCUGAAAUCGCGUUUCCAGACCGCUCCUCCUGGAAAAUACCCAAAUGGCUUUAGAGAUGUGCUGAGAGAACUCAUCAGAGAGGAAGGAGUUGCAUCUCUCUAUAAGGGCUUCACAGCUGUCAUGAUCAGGGCGUUUCCUGCUAAUGCAGCAUGUUUUCUUGGUUUUGAAGUUGCUAUGAAGUUUCUUAAUUGGAUUGUACCAGGUCUAUGAAGAUUACGAAGUCUUUGGAAAUUAGGAGAGGGAAGAGAGUACAAGUCUGCCUCAAAGGAAUAAAUGAACGAUCACUUGAAGUUUCAGGAAUGAUUACUUGCCUAAUACCUUUUUGCCUUCCUCACAUUCUUUAGGUGGUGCUAUGUGCCAUUCAGAAAGGCAUGACUCUGAAAUAGAGUUGAUGAAGAGCUAGAGGUGAUACACCUGUAUUCUGAGCCAAUGUACCACAGCAGUAAUGCUGCUAACACACACUACACCUUAAGUACUUCCUUAUGGAAGAAGGGGAGACUUCCAAAAUAAAUUCUUUGUUUACUGAAGAGACACGUAGUUAUUAAUGCUAAGUUGCUUGAAAUAAUUGUUAGGCAGUGUGUGCUUUACUCUCAGUGCCUAAGUUAGCAGCUGCACAUACUAGUAUCUACAAGCAGUGUCAAGUAGUGUUCUCAUCUUAUGCAGUAUUUUAGUUGUGGAUGUUUGCAUGGUGACAGCCAUUUUAAUGCUACAUGCAUAUGAUGCAGCAAAUAAGGAACAAAGCAGAUGAGAUUAGAGUUAUGUUUUGGUGGGUUGAUAGGUAUUACAGGUACUUAACACUAUUACACACUGAUCUUCUCUAUAGAACUAGGGAAAAAUGAAUUACGCUCAGGCACUUGUUAUAAACUUGACUAAGGUAGCCAGUGGGGAAAUGUGUUUGACUCACCUGAACUUUUCUCUGAAACCCCUUUGUCACCUUCCUUUCCACUGAACAUAUCCCAAACGUAGUUUCACAAGUACAGCAUGAUUCAUAGCAGCCCGUGAUGUACCUGAUUCACCAAAUGCUGCAUCCUGGAGGUUCAGUCCCUCACCUAAGAAAUUUUAACAGGACUUCUAGGAACUCAAUUACUCUGACACAAGGGGGAAAUAUGAAGGUGACACUGGCUCUGCAAUCUCGUCUAACUUUAUUCUAACUUCUGUUCCUCUGUUUUCUUGUAGUAUUAUUGAACAUUAUCGCAUUUUAAUUUGAGAAAUUACUAAUGCUAAGAGGCAAAAAAAAGCACCUUUAUUUUCUCCUGAUUUUGUUGCCGUGUUACCAAAACUCAAUAAAGCUGGCUCCUGCUUGGCUUGAA